GGGGAGGACAUAUUAGUUGACAGUGUGCUCUUGAAGCGUGCUCCUGAGUGGUCUGGAGCCUUGUGUGCAGUGCUCUGAGUCCAGCGGGCUCAGUCAGAACAAGCUGCUGCGGUUGUCAUUGGCUACUAUGUGGAGAUUCUCCCCUGGACCGGUCCUCCACUCUGCUCAUUUCCCCACCCCACUCCUGUCAAACACACACGCACACACACGCACACACACGCACUCACACACACACACACACACACACACACAAUGCAACCUAAACAGCUUCACACUCCUAGUUAGGUUCAUCCGGCCCCACCAAGUCCCCCGCCUCCCCUUCUUUCAUACACACACAUACACACCCACACACAAACAUACACACAGACAUACGCCCAGGCUCUCCUUGUAGUAGGGGCCGUCCCGAUCAUUCCCGCCAUGCUGAGCCAGGGGAUGGUGACCAGGCUGCGCUUGCCCGACAUGGACGACAUGGGCAAGUUCCUCCAGAGCCUUUCCGUCCCCACGCUGGUCAGCAUGGGGGCGGUGGCCGCCAUGACAACCUACUACCUGGCCACACGACCCAAGGCCCUCCCGUCGCCCUGCGACCUCCGCACGCAGUCCCGGGAGAUCCAGGGCGGAGGCUUUGCGAGGGACUCGGUGCUUCUGAACGGAGACGGUCACAUGACCCACUUCUACGACGACGCCAGGACCAUGUACGAGUUCCUCCUCCGAGGGGUCCGAGUCUCCAACGACGGGCCGUGCCUUGGCUCCAGGAAGCCCAAGCAGCCCUACGAGUGGCUGAGCUACAAACAGGUGUUGGAGAAGGCAGAGCACCUGGGCUCUGCCUUCCUCCACAGAGGCCACUCCCAGAAGGGAGACCCCCACGUCGGCAUCUUCUCUCAGAACAGACCAGAGUGGACCAUCACCGAGCUGGCCUGCUAUACGUACUCUCUGGUGUCUGUCCCGCUGUAUGACACGCUGGGGCUGGAGGCAAUCACCUACAUCCUCGACAAAGCCGUCCUCUCGACCAUCGUGUGUGACGUGGCGGCCAAGGUGGAGCUGGUGCUGGAGUGUGUGAGGGACAGGGAGCACACGGUGAAGACCAUCGUGCUGAUGGAACCUCCCAGCCGCGAGCUGGCCAGCAGGGGGCAGCAGGCCGGGAUCCAGAUACUCAGCCUGCAGGAGAUGGAGGCGAUCGGCGCAGCCAAUCACCGCCAGCCCAUUCCCCCACGACCUGAGGACAUGGCUAUCAUCUGCUUCACCAGUGGGACCACGGGGAACCCUAAGGGAGCCAUGCUGACCCACGGGAACCUGGUUUCCAACUGCUCAGCCUUCAUCGGCAUCACCAACGCUAUCACUCCAUGUACUUCCAGUGAUGUCCACAUGUCUUACCUGCCCCUGGCUCAUAUGUUUGAGAGAGUAGUAGAGGGCCUGCUGCUGGUGCACGGGGGCCGCAUCGGGUACUUCCAAGGGGACAUCCGGCUGCUGAUGGACGACCUGGCCACCCUGAAGCCCACCAUCUUCCCCGUGGUGCCCAGACUCCUCAACCGGAUGUUUGACAAGAUCUACGGGCAGGCCAACAGUUCGCUGAAGCGAUGGGUCCUGGGCUUUGCCUACCGGAGGAAGGAGGCGGAGCUGAAGAGAGGCAUCAUCCGGAGAGACAGCAUCUGGGACAGGCUGAUCUUCAGGAAGGUCCAGGACAGUCUUGGCGGUCGCGUGCGGCUCAUGAUAACUGGAGCCGCUCCAGUGUCUCCUACGGUGCUCACGUUCCUGAGAGCAGCGUUGGGCUGUCAGUUCUACGAAGGCUAUGGGCAGACAGAAUGCACCGCUGGAUGCACUUUAUCAAUGCCCGGUGACUUUAGUGCAGGCCACGUCGGUGCUCCCCUGCCCUGCAACGCCAUCAAACUGGUGGACGUGGCGGACAUGAACUACCUGGCCUCCAACGGGGAGGGAGAGGUGUGUGUGAAGGGCCCCAACGUGUUCAUAGGUUAUCUGAAGGACCCAGAGAAGACGGAGGAGGCCCUGGACGCAGACGGCUGGCUGCACACUGGGGACAUCGGGAAAUGGCUGCCGAACGGAACGCUGAAGAUCGUGGACAGGAAGAAGAACAUCUUCAAGCUGGCCCAGGGCGAGUACAUCGCGCCCGAGAAGAUCGAGAACGUCUACGUCCGCAGCGACGCCCUGGCCCAAGUCUUUGUGCACGGGGACAGCCUGCAGGCCUGCCUGGUUGCGGUGGUGGUCCCUGACCCAGACUUCCUGUGUGGCUGGGUGAAGAAGAGCCUGGGGUUGGAGGGCAGCUACCUGGAGCUGAGUGGAAGACAGGAGGUGAAGGCAGCCAUCCUGGAUGACCUGCUGACCAUUGGCAAGCAAGCAGGCCUCAAGUCCUUUGAGCAGGUGAAGGCCAUCCAUGUCCACGACCAGAUGUUCUCCGUCCAGAACGGCCUGCUCACCCCCACGCUGAAGGCCAAGAGGACCGAGCUGCAGGCGCGCUUCAGGGCCCAGAUCGAUGUGCUGUACGCCGGGGUGAGGAUGUAGGAGGAGGGGCGUGUUGGGGGACCCCUAGCCGAAGGAUGCUAAGAGCACAAAGAACCGGCAAUUCAUUAUAAAGAUGAAAAUGCAAACACACACACACAGACACACACACACACACACAGACACACUCCUGGUCCUGGAUUGUUUCAAGUCACAGCGCGUGAGGGAACAGGGGUCCGGGUGGGGUCAUGUUAGACGUACGGCACAGAAGACGAGCUGCCCUGUGAUGUGAAUGAGGCUCUUCGGCGUGGCCUAUACACAGCAUUAUGCGUAGACUAGGAAUCAGGUGUGUCGGUGGGUCUCAUAGGAACUGUGAGGGCUUUCUAAAGGGAAUACGGUGCGGGUGAUCGCCAGUGUUGCCAGAUUGGGCCAGAUUUCCCUGCCCAAUCUGGCAACACCGGUAACUGCUCUGUUGGAUCAGGGACGGCCGUCUUGCUGCUAAACCACACUGUGGAUCUCGUGGGCACAAACUCUUCAAAAGGGAUUCUCUCAAGCAGGGAUUAAAUAUAUUUACCAGCCAUAUUGAAUGCUUUCUUCUCUUACACCUAAGAUCAAUUCUCAAGUGUCAUGUAAACCAGGUUGUUUCGUUUGGAAAGGUGGUUUAAAGUAGUGUUUGAGUUUUGUUGAGGUGGAGGGCCACAACAGAGACAUUGAAGCAUGUGUUUCGGCACAGUGCUCAGUAGUUUUGUUGUGGUGCUCAGGUCCAAAUCAGGGAUGUGACAGAUUAGAGAUUAAAAUAUAUUUACUCACUCCUUCACUGGAGCUCAUUGGGUUCAUUUAUUUAUCAUAGAGGUGAAGACAGCUUUUUAUUGUAUGAAAGGUUCCUAGGAACUAUAGCUAAUUAUUGUAAUUCGGAAAGUAUUGUUUGUUCAAAGAAAUUGCUGAAAUUGUCUUGUCGGCCAAGAUCACAUUUAAAUGUUUUUUUUUUUUCUUACAAAUCCAAAUAUGAUUGUUGUGCUAACAUUUUCUUUUAUUGUGCUCUCGGGGAUUUGGCAGUUUUUAUAAAUAUUAAAAACUGUAUUCAUGUG